AUGUCUAUUACCAAGCUCAAGUCGACGUUUUCCCGGCAAGGUAGCCGCCACUCAUAUAACCCCUCUGUACAAGAUGAGCUGGAGACAAGUCACCUUCUUAGACCCCCACAUGGCGAUAACGCACCGAGUCGACUGGCGAAAAACCUUCAAGAUGUGUGGCAACUACUUAGAUCUAACUACGCCAACAUCUUACUUGUCAUCGUGCCGUUCGGGCUCCUUUCUGGGCCCCUCAGCUGGGGUCCCGCCGCGAGAUUUACCCUCAACUAUUUGGCAAUAAUACCCUUAGCAGUUGUAAUAUCAUAUGUUUCGGAAGAGCUAGCCUUGUCUCUGGGUCAGAUUUCAGGUGGUCUGCUCAAUGCGAUUCUCGGAAGCGCGACAGAGCUCAUUGUGAGAUUGUCCCCUUAUCACCUAGCUAUAACAGACCUGAUGCGCUCUCAGAUAAGCAUUAUCGCCCUAGAAGAAAAUGAGAUUCGGCUCGUGCAAGCAAGCAUAAUGGGAAUGGUUUUCUCGAACAUGCUGCUUACACCCGGCGCCUGUUUCUUCGUGGGCGGUCUUAGAUACCCGUUGCAAAUGUUCCACGGCAGCAUCACGUCCACCAUGCUCGUCCCGACGCUGGCUUCGAUUAUGAUCCUAGUGGCGCCGACUGCUUUGUACUCGGUCACGGCUAGAGGCUUUGAAGAACAGCACGAAUCCAACUCAUUGUCAUUGGGCUGUGCUGUUGUGCUGCUUUUACUCCAUGCUGCCAGCCUAGUGUUCCAGCUCAAGACCCAUACCGACUUAUUUGAUGACGUCGACGAAACGGAGGAGAAUUUCGACUCUUUGGAGCCUAACAUCAAUAUUUGGAUGGCUGCGUUAAUUCUGCCGUUAACGCUAGUCCUCAUCACGCUCUGCGCCCGCAAUAUGGUUCGCAGCCUUCCGCCAGUGAUCGACAACUCUAGCCUCUCCCGAAGUUUUAUUGGAUUUGUGCUACUGCCAUUUAUUGACAGUACUGGAGCGCUAUUCACUUCUGUGGUUGUGGCAUACCGCGACAAAACAGAUCUGGUUCUAGGCGUCUGCAAUGGUGGCAUACUGCAGACUGUUCUCUUCGUGACGCCCGUGCUGGUCAUUACUGGCGCUGCUACUGACCACCCCUUGACCUUGUACUUUGGCAGAUGGGACAUUGUGGCUGUCCUCUUCGCCACGGUGCUUCUGGCAGCUCUUCUGCAGAGAGGCACUUCAACCUAUCUCGAUGGCGUCUUCUGCCUGGCAUUCUACAGUAUUGUAGUGAUUGCUUUUUGUGUCCUGCCGGAAGAGAUUGCGCCAUUCGAGCAAGGGGUGGGUACCAUCACGAUGUAA